ACAAGAUGGCGUCUCGCAGAAACAAGUGUUAGCAGAGUGUGUUUGUUGUGUUUUUAAACAUGUCUAAAGUCCAAAUGCUGAGAUCGUUGUUGAAGCAGCGACUAACUGCGGCUGCUGAAGAGAUAUUUGGGCUGUUUGAAAGAACGAUAGCAGAGAAAGAGGAGGAACUUUGUCGAUCAAAAGAGGAGAACGAGCGACAACGGAAACUACUGGACGCUGUUUUCAACCCUCAGCUUCGGUUACACAGAGCGGACGUCCAGCAGCUGUUGGUGGUUAAAGAAGAGGUUCCCCCUGAGCAGCAGGAGUGGAGCUCCAGUGUGGACCAGGAGGACCCAGAGCCUCCACACAUGAAAGAGGACCAGGAGGACCCAGAGCCUCCACACAUUAAAGAGGACCAGGAGGACCCAGAGCCUCCACACAUUAAAGAGGACCAGGAGGAACUCUGGAUCAGUCAGGAGGGAGAGCAGCUUCAAGGGCUGGAGGAGGCUGAUAUCAUCAACUUCCUUUUCACUCCUGUCCCUGUGAAGAGUGAAGAUGAUGAAGAGAAACCUCAGUCCUCACAGCUUCAUCAAGGGCACACUGAACAUAUGGAAAUAGAAGUUGAAGUAGAGGACUGGGGAGGACCAGAACCAGAUACACAUCUACAACUUAAGUCUGAUGACAAGACUGGAAAGUCUUCUGAACCUGAGACUGAUGCCAGCGAUGAAUGCAAAGAGACCAGAGAACCUCAGUCAGGUUUAAACUCUCUUAAAACUGAUCAAGUCCCUGUCAGUGACUUGAUUGGUGGUAAAAAACCAUUUAGCUGCUCUGAGUGUGGGAAAAGAUUUGGUCGAACUGGAUAUCUGACGGAACACAUGAGAACUCAUACAGGAGAGAAACCAUUUAGCUGCUCUGUGUGUGGGAAAAGAUUUUCUCUCUCAAAUACUCUGAAGCAACACAUGAGAACUCAUACAGGAGAGAAACCAUUUAGCUGCUCCGAGUGUCAAAAAGCAUUUAGAUGCAAGUCAGCUCUGAAGGAACACAUGAACACCCACACAGGAGAAAAACCAUACAGUUGCACUGACUGUGGGAAAAGAUUUGGUUACAGGGGAGCAAUGAAGAUGCACAUGACAUUGCAUACAGGAAUAAAACCAGUGAGCUGCUCUGAGUGUGGGAAAGGAUUUGACCACAAAGGAAAAUUGAAGGUACACAUGAGAAGCCAUACAGGAGAGAAACCUUUCAGCUGUUCAGUUUGUAGGAAAUCAUUUAUGUGCAGUGGACGUUUACGCAUUCACAUGAAAUUGCAUUCUGGAGAAAGCUUCAGCUGUUCAGUUUGUCAGAAAUCUUUUAUACAGAAAGGGAACUUGAAAGCACACAUGAAAACUCACACUGGUGAGAAACAUUUUUGCUGCAGUGUUUGUAUGAAAUCUUUUACACAGAGUGGGACCUUGAAAGCACACAUGAGAACCCACACUGGAGAGAAACCUUUUCACUGCAGUGUUUGUAUGAAAUCUUUUACACAGAGUGGGACCUUGAAAGCACACAUGAGAACCCACACAGGAUAGAAAACGUACAGCUGCAGUGUUUGUGACCAAAGAUUCGCUUGGGCAGAACAACUCAGAAAACACAAGUGUGUUGUUAAUGAGUCAGUCUCAUUAGAAUCACACUAAGGGGCAUUAGACGGGAGAUUUUAUUGAACCUGAAACCGUACACUGAUGACAAUUGGAAGGAGACCAGAGAAUUUCAGUCAAUAUAAAACUUUCUGAAAAAUAAGUAAGUCCUAGUAUGUUGUUUGAGACUUAUUAUGACCCAAAAAUAGUUCAGUUGUUCUGAGAGUUGUAAAAGAGUGUUCGUCUGGGGUCUGAAGGAACACAUGAGGAUCCCUAUAGGAGAGAAACUAUUAAGUUAGUGAAACAAGAUUCUCGCUGAAGUAAAACUUAAUUUGUCACACGAGCUUUAGUUCAGGGACAAAUCUUUCAGCUGUUGUGUGUCUGUGUGUGUGUGUG